AUGGGUGCGCUUCUCUCCAUUCCGAUGCUGGUUCUGCCCAGCGCCGGCACCAUGUUUUCUGUCGCAGCUUCUUGUUGCGGUGCAGCAACAUGUUCGGCUGUGUGUAGCGCAUGUGGCAAGUUUCAGAGCAGCAUGGCAACGAGAAUCGCAUAUGCCUUUAUUCUGCUCAUCAACUCGAUAGUAUCGUGGAUCAUGCUCACGCCAUGGGCACUCGAAAAACUAGAACAUCUCACAAUGGAUUAUAUGAAGAUUCGAUGCGACGGCAAGGCAUGCCACGGCUGGGUCGCAGUCCAUCGUAUCAACUUUGGUCUCGGUCUCUUCCACUUACUCCUCUCCCUUCUGCUUCUCGGCGUGAGGUCGUCGAAAGAUGGCAGAGCUAUGCUACAAAACGGUUUCUGGGGUCCAAAGAUUCUUGUCUGGAUAGGUUUCGUCGUCAUGUCGUUCUUCAUUCCCGAAUCCUUCUUUUUUGUCUAUGGCCAUUACAUUGCCUUCAUCGCUGCCAUGCUUUUCCUCCUUCUCGGCCUUAUACUAUUGGUCGAUCUUGCUCACUCAUGGGCUGAGCUUUGCUUGGAGAAAAUUGAAGAUAGCGACUCGCGUCUCUGGCGUGGACUGCUGAUCGGCUCGACAAUGGGAAUGUAUCUCGCAUCGUUUGUUAUGACGAUACUGAUGUACAUCUUCUUUGCUAAGAGCGGAUGUUCGAUGAAUCAAGCCGCCAUUACCAUCAACCUUCUCGUGUUCUUAAUCAUUUCCGUCGUGUCGGUUCAGCCUGCAAUUCAAGAGCAUAAUCCUCGGGCUGGUUUGGCACAGGCUGCCAUGGUCACUGUUUACUGCACAUAUUUGACAAUGUCGGCCGUAUCGAUGGAACCCGAUGACCAUCAAUGCAACCCACUUCUCCGUGCACGUGGCACUAGGACGGCCAGUGUUGUCCUUGGCGCCAUUGUCACAAUGGCCACCAUCGCUUAUACUACAACUCGCGCUGCUACACAGGGCAUUGCUUUGGGAUCCAAUGGUGGACACAGCUAUUCUGCACUCAGUACUGAGGCAAAUGAGCACGGACUUGUCACACAGCAACCUUCAACUCGACGUGAAAUGAGGGCCGAAGCCCUUCGUGCUGCCGUCGAAAGUGGUAGUCUCCCGGCUAGUGCUUUGGACGAAAGCGAUGACGAAGAUGACGAGUAUGACACCAAAGACGAUGAGCGCGGAUCUACGCAAUACAACUACUCUCUGUUCCACAUCAUCUUCUUCUUGGCUACAACAUGGGUGGCCACACUACUUACACAACAAUUGGAUCCAGAGACUGAGGGUAAUUUUGCAUCGGUUGGCCGGACCUACUGGGCCAGCUGGGUCAAGAUUAUCAGUGCUUGGGUUUGCUAUAUUAUAUAUCUAUGGACACUCGUAGCCCCGACGAUGAUGCCCGAUCGAUUUGAUUAUUAG